AUUAAGAAUCCCGGAUAAAAUGACACGUCAUUCGGUUUAUUAUACUUGUAUUAUAAUCGAUGAGAAGUGGCAUUGACCGUCCUGUUGUAAAACACUAAUAUGGAAGAUCGUUGUGAGAAACACGGUGAUGAAUUGUUCCGAUUCUUCUGUACGGACUGUGAACGUUUAAUAUGCGAUGUUUGUAUUGACGGUGAACACAGCAAGCAUGCAUUCUGUAGCAUCAGACGCGUGGCGGAGACAAAACGGAAUGACCUGAUAAGACAACUAGGGAGUGACAGACAGGCUCUUCUUGACCGUCUCCAUUCAUACUCAGAAAAGGUACAGGAAUUCAAAGACAACUUUUCGAUCCAGACGGAAGGUCUGAUUGAUCAGGUAGAUACGAAAGCUGAAUACCUAGUAGACAGAAUUCACAAAGUUAGGGAGAAAGUUGUCUCCCUUGUACUUCACUAUCAACAACAGUGCGAGGAGCCCUUUACAGAAGCCCAGAGGAAAAUUGACGAAUGUUUGUCGCUUAUCAGUAAUUAUUCAGAAAUGCUGAGUGAUACAGAAGAGAAGACAGACAGAGAAAUAGUUUCUAUGCAAACAAAACUAGACACAAAAUUGACUUCAGUUCCCAACCCAGACGAUAUUCCUUCAGGGCCACUGAUGACAUUUGAAAACAGUAAAGAACACUUGAGUGAUAGGGAAAUUGAAUCAUUAUUUGGUCAUUUCACGCUAAACAGUUUGAGUGAAGAAAACUGUCAAGAUUCAAUGAUCAAUAAGAAAGAUGCAGAAACAAAUACAGAUCCUGUAGUCAUACGACCUACCUCUACUGAUGAGAAUGAUGUACAAAAAAAUGUAAGUGUGGAAGAUGAUCUAGAUGAAAGCUGCGAUGAGAGAAAUGCAAUGGAGGAUUAUGCAACAGUCCCUAUAAUGGAUGAAUAUCAAGAUGUCUCUCUUAACUUCGAACUUGAAGGACAAGGAGCUGUGAAUAAAAUCCUGCCAUGCUACAACUCCAAGUCGGCCUAUAUGCUGACAGCAAAGAGCAUGAAGUUUGUCAAUGCAUUGAUAAAUGGCUCUGACAUGUCCCCAGAUAAAAUGCACAAACGUCAAGCGCAUCAGACCAUGAUGUCCAAUGUAUCGGAUGCUAGUAUGACCAAGGAUGGUCAUGUUGUAUUUAUAGAGGAAAAAAGAACAUACGUGAAAAAAUGUACAAGUGCAGACUCGGUUAUAAUUUUGGCAGAAUUUCCUGCAGAUUCUACAGUACAAUGUUUAAAUGUGUCAAAUGAUGAUCAUAUUAUAGUUUGUCAUUCAAAAGUCCAAGAGAGAAGACCAAGAACUUGCAUUACUGAGUUAGAUGAGCAUGGCGUCCAGUUAAAAUCGGUCACUCUAGGUAUGACAUACCGUUUCCCCUACAGAUUUUGUCAGAGUGUAACUGGAGACACACCUUUGCUGGACCUAGAGGGCCCAGGCAUAUCCAGAGGUUGUGUUAGAGUUGUGAAUUCUGAUCUCAAACAUGUAGCAACAUAUGCUGGAGCCAUAGGACCAAACCCCUCAGAAACCUUUGAACCACGGGGAAUAUGCUGUGAUGCUGAUGGCUGUAUCAUUGUAACAGACUGUCGAAACCAUGCUAUUCACCUCCUGGAUACAAAAGGAAAGUACAAACAACUGAUUCUCACCCAUAAGGAUGGCAUCCGACACCCUGUGUCUGUGAACUUUGACAGAAACGGUCUUCUGUGGAUCGGCUGUCUGUACGGAAAAGUCCAUGUAAGGAAAUAUAAGGACCUGUUUUUGUAGGGCACUACAACAGCACCUAGCCAUAGUUUUCAUGGAUAAACAGCAUUUAAAUUAUAUAUUUAGCCAGACUACCAUUCUUAUGUAACAUGUCCCCAUUCUUUAAUUAAUAUUAACAAAAUUUUAACAUUUCUUUUUAAAGAAUCAAGGCAAUUUCAUCUUUGUUUUUCCAAUGAUGUACAUUACAAAAUGAGCAGAUUGAUUUUUAUUUUUCAUAAUAUUGACAAUUUAAUUAAAUAAUUUAUAUCCAAUGUUACACCUCAUAACCACACAUGUAUGCAACUUUUUAUAUAUCCUGAGUGCAUUUAUUGUGUUAAAAGAGAAUAUAUUGGUCUUUUAAAUGAAAUCAUAAGCUUCUGACCUCACUACUGUGCCAGUUUAAUCUUCAGUCUUUAAACUAAUUAAAAAGUGAUCUUUUGGAGAAAAUUAAGUUUUUUUUCUCAACCCAGAAGUUUUGUAUAGAAAGUUUUACAUGUAAAUGGUUUUGUUAAACAAACACACAUGCUUUUGUAAGUCUACAGCAUGCUUAUACAGUACCGGUAUAUGGCCAUCUUUAAAGAUGCUUGUUUGUAAUGAGUAAAAACUAAAGUCAGGAAGGUAAAUACUGGUAAUAGAUAUUUGAGAUAAAUUAAAAUCUAGGUCAGCUGGCCCACCCAUAGAGUUAAUCUAGGGUUGGUAAAUUCAAAGAAAGGUAAAUUUAAGGCAGGUAAAGUCUUCAGGUCUAGAUAAAAUCUAACAUACUGGUAGAUUAUAGGUAAAGUAAAAAGAAGUUUUGAAGACAAUGUUGAACUUUGGUAAUUUACAGUUACCUCCCUUGUCACUAUACUGGCCAUGACAUCUGUUACAGGUUGGAUUACUUAUUAUUGAUCUGAUUUGAAUAUUUUUCUUGAUGUUUAGAACUUGUUUCCAUGCAUUAUAAUUUGUCGACAGACAAAAUCCGGUUUACGGAAGAAUCAUUAUCCUGUAAGGAAUUAAUCAUACAAAAGUAGCUCUCAGAACUAUGUCAUUUAAACUAAUUUGAUUAAAAUGUAAACAAAUUUUCAAUAAGCUUUUAAAUUAAUAAUGUUAUGAUAACAAAUCCAUGAUCACAUAAAAAAGUGUUCAAUAUCUACAAAGUUUUAUUUGAUAGAAGAAAGUAUCUUAGAAGGUAUGAUGUAAUUUGUAUUUUAAAUGAAUCUUUUAUCUAUUUGUAUUUUUUGUCCAUACGGGGUGCUUCUUUUCGUUUUAAAAAUGCACAAAAUAGAUCAGCUUUGAAAACUAAUAUUUUAAGAUUGACAUGAGGGAUAACAUAAUUUGUUAGUGGAUAUAUUUUCAUUUUUAGCUCAUCUGGUCUGAAGGGUACCGGUGAGCUUAUAUGCCAUAGUGCAGUGUUCGAUCGUCAUCUGUCAACUUUUCAAUUAUAUUCUACUAGUCAUGAAUAACUGGGUGGUUUUUGACAGGAUUUUGUCUGAAGCAUCCUUGGGUGAAAGGGAACUAGUUUCGUGUAAACAGUCUGGGUCAAGCACCCAAGGGGUAGAAGGGUUGGGUCCGAUAGUCAAAUUAUAGGAACUUCUUUAAAUUUUUCUUCUUUAGGAAUGACAGAAUUUUGUCCUAUUUGGUUUAAAGCAUCCUGGGGUUCUAGCGCCCUAUGGUUUGGAGGAGCAGCUAGGGCCAAAGUGUAAGAUGACACCAUUUAAAGUACUGUACAUGUACCUGUAAUUCUUUGAACAGACUGAUAGAUUUUGGUUAAAUUUGGUUUCCUCAGAAGUUGGAUCAAUUCGGUCUGCAGCAUUCUUGGGUAACUUAACUGAAGAUGGUUUAACUUAAAAGUCUAUUACCCACUGUCAGAGGAAUGAUUGGGCCCAAUAAAGGAAGUCGACAGAAUUGGUUUGUAAAUCCAAUACACAUGUAUUAAGUGCUUUUCAACUUCAUUUGAUUUUAUAAUCUUCACUGGAACCAGAAAACUAAAUGUUUGUUAAAUGAAUGUGUUGACUGGAAUGCAAAGCACUGAGUGGUAGAUCCCAACAUGGAAUUAAAGUAUAUGAUAAAGAACUAAACUGAGAGUGUUUUGUCAUAAUCACUGAAACAUAUCCAGGUGAUCGAUCAAGGUCCUCUGGGCCUCUUGUUUUUAUGCAAUCAGGGAUCAAAUUUGAAACAAAAUGCAUUAUCACAUCGUGUUACAUGCUCUGAUGACGACAAGCCUUAGUGUCAAAACUAGUCAACACUUAAUCUAUUGAAGCCAAACUACACAAGAUGUUUAAUAUGGACGUUUCUAACAGAUGUUUUACUUUUUUUGUUUUGUUUUGUUUUUUAUUGUAGUUGGUAUUUGUUGUUGUUUUUCAACUGGUAGCAUUAAUUAUACAAGUUAAACAUUUGUUACAUGACAAUCACUCCUGUUCAUUACAUACAUUUACAUGUGUAUUAAUAUUGCAUUAAGGGUUAUAUAAUCAGAGUGGUCAGAUUACUUAAAGUAGUCUUACCCUUUCGUAAAAUCUUACUGUAUAUAAUCAGCAGAAUAUGCUAUUUCUGAGAAGUUUAUGAUGUAUCUCUCUCAAUCAUGUCGGUUCCUCUUGGUUCCUAGCUGUGUAUGGUAGAUCCUGAGCCUGAUCUGAAAUUAUAAGAUGGUUGACAGGUGGCCAUUUUAAAUUUUGACAGUUGAAGUUUGUUGAUGAUAUUUCACAGAAAGUUUUUCAUAGAUAUGAAAUCCUUCCAGUACUUCUUAAGAAAUAGGGAUAACAAGUAUUGUUUAUGGGUGUACGGACCAUGGAUGAUGUAUAAAUUAGUACAACAGAUGUCAUCUGUCCAUGGUCCGUUGUAUGUCAUAUGUCAUCUGUCCAUGGUCUGUCGUACGUCAUCUGUCAUCCGUCCAUCAUCCAUUGUACGUCAUCUGUCCAUCGUCCAUUGUACGUCAUCUGUCCAUGGUCUGUUUUAUAUCAUUGUCAUCUGUCCAUCGUCCGUCAUGUCAUCUGUCUAUGGUCCGUACAUGUAGUCUGUCAUCUGUCCAUCAUCCAUUGUAUGUCAUCUAUCCAUCGUCCAUUGUACGUCAUCUGUCAUCUGUCCAUGGUCCGUUGUAUGUUAUCUGUCAUCUGUCUGUCCAUAAACAAUCCAUGUUAUCACUAUUUCUUAAGGAGUACUGGAGGGAUAUUUCUCAAACUUUACAUGUAGGCUUCUAUAAUGUUUCCUAGUUGUGCUCAUUUCAUUUUAAGUCUGAUCCAGAAACAAAAUGGCUGACAGUUGAAGUUUCUAAUUGACAGAAAAAACAAAUUUGUCUGAUAUAUAAUUAUGUAGAACCAAUAAAGAUCAGUCUUAUAUAUAAUUAUGUAGGACCAAUAAAGAUCAGUCUUAUAUAUAACUAUGUAUCUAUAGCUCUUCAUAGAGAUAGUGUACGAGUAAGAUGUGUGAAUAAAUAUUGGGUCAGUAGCUAUAGGGUAGCUGGAAACAAUAGGGUAGUAUAGAUAUAGGGUCAGUAGCUAUAGGGUAGCUGGAAACAAUAGGGUAGUAUAGAUAUAGGGUCAGUAGCUAUAGGGUAGUAUAGAUAUAGGGUCAGUAGCUUUAGGGUAGCUGGAAACAAUAGGGUAGUAUAGAUAUAGGGUCAGUAGCUAUAGGAUAGUAUAGAUAUAGGGUCAGUAGUUAUAGGGUAGCUGGAAACAAUAGGAUAGUAUAGAUAUAGGGUCAGUAGCAGUACAGUACAAUCAUUUUAUUUUAAUCAUUUUGGAUCACAGUUUUAAACAUCAAUAACCCCCCUGUUUGCAACAUUCUUCAAUAUAAAGGUUUCCUAUAUUUGUAUGUCAUAAGUGUUAUACCCCUGAAGACAAAUUUGUGCAGUGCGAAUAGACUUCGGUAUAUUUUUGGUCUUUUCACAUAUACUUACCAGUCUGAAGAACAUGUUUUAUAAGUUUGUACAGUGAAAUACUAACCAUUCAAACAAAAUUAUGAUUACAGACAAGUGGAAAUGACAGGUGUUCAUUUUAGCAACAUUUACUCUGUAAGUUACUGUUUUUACUGAAUAUUGUUUAUCUGGGUAAUGUUGCAUUAUAAUGCAUGUUCUUUCUGGUGUAUUACCAGGUAACAUCAUUUAUUGUUGGUAUGGCAACACAUUCCUGGAUGUUGAUGUCUACCGGUACCUUUACUCCAACAAUUUGUAGAAUAUUUAAGAAGAUAAUGCAUAAAUAUAUGUAUACAAUGUAUGUGCUUAACAUGUACUGCACAACCACAAUUGACAAUUUAACUCUUGGACAUUGUGUUCAUUUAUAUUUUAUUUUAUAAUACAAUUUUACUGUAUACUUUUAAUAUUUAUACUGUUCGUACCAUGUCAGUACUUGAUUAAGCUUCAUUUGAUUAAAACAAUUCUGGUGUGAACAUGCUUGUGUGCAAAUAACAAGUCCAAUGCAAUAAGAUGGACAUUAUAUGUUAUUGUAUGUACACUGACACUAUAUUACACUAAAAUGUAUUCUAUACGUUGUACACGUGUAUCUACAUGUAUGAACAUGUAUCUAAUAAAAGGUACUUCAAUGUAGUUUACAGAUCUACUAUACAUUGUAAAACAUGUGUAGAUAACCUUACACUGUAACAGUAUAUACAUGCAUACAUGUACAGUGUAUACUCUAGCCAUCAUAUCCUAGUUCACCCCAGUGACAUAUUCCGUAUAUAGAUGUUAUUAUACUAAUUAUACAUAGUUCUAAAGUUUUACAUGUAUAUAAGUGUGCUGAUGCCAUGCCACACAGCAUUCAUUACUCACCUGACCUUUCCCUGAAAAUGCCCAGAACAUUGAGUUAGAUUUUAACCAAAUUUCACAUGGAGCAUCCCCUAGCCCCUUAGGUAUGAUGGAGGUUUAGUCCCAUGUAGCAUAAGUGUGAUUUUUAAAGCACUACUUACUCUAUGAUUUUAAUUAAAUCUAACUUUAUUUGGUUCGGAUUAUCCGUGACCUGAGUGCUGUAUAAAUUAAAAAGUAGUAACUUUGUCCAAUUAGAUCAGAUACAGACUGUAUGGAUGUAAAUGGGGCCACCAUGGCCAGUGGUUAAGGUGUCCGGAUACUUUAUCACUAGCCCUCCACCUCUAGGUUGUGAGUUUGAAACCAACAAGGGAAAGUUGCCUGGUACUGACGUAGGUUGGUGGCUUUCCUCCACCUCCAAAACCUGGCACGUCCUUAAAUUACCCUGGCUGUUAAUAGGACGUUAAAAAAAAAAUGUAAAUUUUAUACUACAGAUAAUUACAUGUACAUCAUGUCAAUUGUAUAAUUUUUAGACAUCAAUUCACCAGUGUAAGAUUUAAGAUUUUAUCAUGAGAAGUUGUUUUUUUAUUUCUUUUAUUGUGCUUUUUAUUCCUUGGCUUACUGGGAAGGGGAGUUUAAUUAACUAAUGGUACAUACCUUUUAUAAUUACAUUAACUGUAGUUGUAUUGCAGCCAUUAGCAUGUUUAAAAUAUAGCAGGAUCUCUUAAAAGUUUGCUUGGACAGUUAUAUAAUCAAUCCUUGGAAUUAAUUGUUGUGAGAAGGAAGUAUAUUGUGGUAGCCCUACUGGAGUGAGAUACCAUGAGUAAUUUGUUGAGUAAUUUGUUUUCAAAUUGACCAUAUUUUAAUCAUGCUUGCUAUGGACCAAUCACUGUGAACAGAGAAAUACAUAUAUUUCUUAAGACACUGAAAAACGUUCAAUUUUAAAUGUUAUUUUUAAGUUAUUUUGAAACACACUGUUGAUUGUGUUUUUUUUUGGUUAUCAAUAAACUUGUUUGGAUAGGAAAA